UCCGUGCAGCGUGGACGUGCAUCUCGUGUCAAAUUAAAUAAUAAAAUGAAAUAAAAUCAAAAAUGGAACAUCAAAAUUUAGAAAAAACAACCUCUACGACUCCAAUGCUUUUAAAGGAAGACAAGGAGAAAGUAGUCAUAAUAACCCCCAGUAAUGGGGUAGGGAAGAUUCUGAUUAGGGAGGAUACGAUUCUAGCCAAUUUGCAAGGCUGUGCUGGUUGUGGUAAAACUCAGUUCGCUUGUUCUGGUGUUAAAAAACAGUGGUCGGCUCUGUGUUGGGGGAAGCAGUCGGAUAAGAAAUAUUAUUGCUUGAUAGUGCUCCUGUCUGCAGCGUUCGCUCUAAGCCUCAUAGGUUCAAUAUUUUUCUGCUUCACGAACACCAUCAACGAUGCUAUUCUAUCAAGCAUGGUUAUAAGGAACAACAGCCUCGCAUACACAAUGUGGAGGCGGCCCACGGUCCAUCCGCUGAUGAAAGUCCACAUCUUCAACUAUACCAACUGGCAGAGAGUUAAAGAUGGUCUUGAUGAAAAGCUGAACGUUCAAGAUGUCGGACCUUUUGUGUACUCGCAACACUUAGAAAGAGUGAAAGUCAAAUUCGAAGGUGACCAAUUGAGCUUUCAAGAGCGGAACAAUUUCAAAUUCCUACCCGAUGCGAGUGUUGGGGCACAUUUCGAUCAAGUAUUUGUUCCAAAUCUGCCAUUAUUGGGUGUUCUCGCCAAAGCGUCUAGCCUGUCAUAUAUUGUGCAGCUUGCGUUAGCUACCACACUAUCAUCCGUCGCCAACCACAAGGAGGCCUUUCUGAAACUGCCCGUACAAAGAUUCCUUUGGGGUUACGACGAUAGUAUUAUAGAUAUCGCCAAACCAUUUCUAAGCAUUCAAGGAUUAUUGAAUUUCGAAAAAUUCGGCCUUUUAGUAACUAAAAACGGCACCGGCUCUGAUCGUUUCACAAUCAACACGGGAGAGAAUGAAAAAAACAAGAUGAAUAUACUCGAAAAGUUCAACGGUGAACCGGCACUUCCCUACUGGGGAAGUCCCGAGUGCAAUAGCAUAGAAGCAUCGGAUGGAACCAUAUUCCCGCCAUCUCUACUCGAUAGGAAUUCAACUCUAUACGUCUUCUAUCCGAAUUUGUGUCGACGUCUACCAUUUAAGUUCAUUAAGGAAGUGGAAGUAGGAGACGGUAUAAAGUUAAUGCGAUACGGAAUGCCAGAAGAUGUCUUCGAUGAUCCUGAUAACAACCCAACGAAUCAGUGCUACUGUCAAAUAGAUAGUGGGGAAUGCCCCCCACGGGGCAUAAUCAACGUCACUGAAUGCGCUAUGGGAGCACCUGCCUUUGCAUCAUUUCCGCACUUCCACAGAGGUGAUGACAUUCUACGGACACAAAUAACUGGUCUGAACCCAGAUUCAGAGAGUCACGAGUCUUAUUUAGAUAUUCAUCCAACACUGGGAAUCGCUUUGAGUGGAAAAUCUAGUCUACAACUGAACAUUAAAGUCCAAAAAUCAAACGCAUUUGGAGCUCUUGGCUUUUUGAAACAAGGCAUAGUGUUGCCCAUAGCUUGGAUUGAAAUGUCCGUGGAAGAGUUACCAAAGAGUCUCCAGUCGCUGGUAUACCACGGGACGUAUUCUACCGCGGCGGCUCAGCUCGGUCUAACUGUGUUUUGCUUAAUCACUCUGACAGUAUCAUCAAUAUGUCUGUUUGUGAUAAUCUUUAGGAGGAGAAGAAAACCUUGCGCCACACUGAAGAUAAUACCAGUUGAUACUGAAUUAAAGUCUCAAUUAUAGUUAUUGUUAAACUAUCUUUAAGAUUUCUAUUGAAAUUAUUAAAUAAGCAAUUAUCUGCUUACGGUAUCACGUCUUUGAGAUCGUCAAAAUCAGCAACAAUAUGACACGAUAGAUUUGACAGUUUAUUAUAGUCAAAACAACUAUUACAAUAAAAUCUUGAUACUUUUUACAAUACAAUCAGGUAUGCAAAAGUAAUUGGAAUACGUAAUUUUCUACUGUCAUAUAAAUUUGAAUGGAUCUCUCUGAAAAUUAAUUUAAGAGUAAAGAUACUAAACAUGCACUAGAACCUUAAUCAGCUGAUACUGGUAAAGAAAGAUCUGGAACCCUUGACUCCUGACUGGGAGUCCAAGAACUAGCGUAAUUAGUUUAUUUUAAUAGAACUUAUACGAAAUUUAAAUAAAGAUUUUAUUAAAAGAUAAAUAAAUUUACAAUACUUAGAAUGAUCAGUUUUUUAUACGGUCUAUUGAUACGAAUACUAUCCAUAUUAAUUACUGUUGAGUGAUAAUUACUUUGAUAUAAUAACAUAUCAUUAUUUUGUAAUGGUAGUGAUGGCAAUAUGCCAUUUGGUACUCUUUUUUAAAUUAAUAUGUUUAUCUGCAAUAGGCACAUGAUAUUUGUCCAAUGUUACAAUAAGGAAAAAAAGCACGGAGAUAUUUUGAGAUAUUAACACAGUUUUCUAUGAAAACAAAUGUUUUAUAGGGUUUCAAUGGAAAUAAACCCUCAGUGUCACGGUAGGUCCGUCCAUCAAUUAUGAAAAUACGAUGAGAUUUUUCGAAAAUUUUGUAAUGACACUUUACGAAAUAAAUAGUGAAAGAACUUAUUUGCUCAAAAAAAGCUAGGUAGCCAACACUACCUAACAUAUAACACUAUACUACAUAAUCUAACAUAUUAUUAUGUUUCCCGAUUUACUAAUAAAUAACCGGACACGAAUAACUCUUAUGAAAAAUUAACAUACUUUUACAGGUGUGGUUGUUUUUCAGCCCGUAACUUCAAUUAAAUGUAUUACAUUUUUUAUAACGGUUUUCGUAAUGUUACCAGUCGCUGUCACUUGCCUUAAUUAAAGACAAUUAACAGUACAAAUUAUUAAUAUUGUUGU